UAAAGCAAGCAGGUGGCUGACAGCAGGGCUUGGGGGGCGUGGAGGGGAUCCGGUGGGGAAAGGGAGCUGAACCCCAACGGAGGGGGAUGAGGGCGGUGAUGGCAUCAGUGAAGGGGCUUAGUGGGAUCGGACAUGGCUCAGGGAGGGAGCUGCUGGGCCCUGCAUGGACAGCUCAGGACGCUGUGCUUUGCUACCGACUGCCUUGCCAUGCCCCAGUUUCUCCUCCCAACUCUUUGCCUGUUCAGAUGGGAGCUCCCUGGGGCAGGGCUGCCUGUCGCUGUCUGUGCAGCCCCAGGUCUGGGCAUCCGGGUGGUAACGCAGGGCUGGUACCCUGUAAGGCUCCCCCCAGCACCUCAGCCUGGACCUGGGGAUCCCAGCCCCUGCUCCCCUUCAGCACUCCUUGCCCUGGACACCCCAGGCCAUGCUCUUCACCCCCAGAGCCCCUCUGCCCCCCGCAGUACCAUACGGGUGCAGUGAAAGAGCUUUUCCUUGCAGAGGCCCUGGGGCUCUGGGCUUUGCAGCCCAGCUGCCGAGCUCAACACCGUGCUCCCUGGCACCGGCUGGGUCAGAUGCAUGGGAGAUGCCCAGGCACCCCAGUCCGGGCAGGAGGGUGUCUGGGCAGAGCUGCUUCUCCUUGCAGCCAGGUGGAGAAGGGCUUGCAGCCAGCCUCCCCUCCCCAGGGACCUGCCCAAGCUCCGGCUCUGGGCUCGCUGCUCUGGGCUCUCCCCUCCCCUGGGGCUGCCUCUGCCUGGAGCACACUCACCGCUGCAGCCAGGCGGGGGCUGGAUUUCGGGGUCUUCUCCUUGCAGACAGGGACCGAGCCCCACCCCCCAGGGGCUCCAAGCCUGGCUGCGGGGACCAGCGGGGCUGGGAGGACUCCCAGCAGCCGGGCUCUGGCACCAGGCUCCGGAGGAGGCUGGGUACAGGAAGACCGCGGUCCCAGUGCGAUAGGAGCGGUCCAAGCCCAGAACAAACACACAAUCCCGGCCCCCAGAUGCUGCUCAUGCCCCAGAAGAAGAUACACACUUCGUUUUUGAAUGAAGGAAAAAAACCCUCUUUCCUUCUAGUAAGUAACUGAGCAGCAGCGAGGAAGCAGAGCCUGUUCGGUGUUCUGCAACCUUGAGAUCGCACGCAGGGCUACUUGCGCCGUAGCCCGGCUGACGUACAAGUGACAGAAAGUGCUGGUACUGAAAUUCUUCCCUUCUAAUUUUCCAGCAGUUAUUUUUGGGGGGGGAUAAAGGUGUGUUGUAUGUGAGACAAUACAGUAACACCGAGUGAGAUGAAUGCAUUUUAUUUCUUUUUAAAAUUAUUUAUGGCUGAUAAUUAUUUGAAUUGUGGCAUCACCCCGGAGCCCAGUCAA